AUGUGUUACUUUGCCAGAACCGAUUACCGCUGUGGAGAUUGGAGAUGGGGCAACAUGAAAGUCCGAUGCCCACGACAACCUCGCAUGGGAGAGACAUGCGGCGCCAAGUUGUUGGACACGGAGAAUGUGACCAGAGUGGACGAUGACUGCCGACUCUGCCAGGAGAUUAUCAUCAAGCAGAGGAGACUCCAGAGGGAGAGAGACAACAUCCGACGCUGGAGCCUCGAAGGCGACAGAUUCCGGGCCAGCAUUGAAAGAGCUCAGCGUGAAGCCAAACAACUCGAGCAGACGAUCGAGGAAAUGCGAAACAGACGGAUCUCCGUUGUCGUGAGCCAGAACUGGCAAAACAACCGAGGUCAGCUAAGUGGCAUUCCCGCCUCAGAGAUGGUUCAGAUGCGGCGUGUUUGA